AUGAAUGAAAAUAAACUUGAAUAUCUUACCCAAGAACAGGUGGACAAGUUCUACAAUGACGGAUACCUCUGCCUCCCCGGAUUUCUCUCCAAGGCAGAUACAGACGCUCUUCUCACUCGUGCUCAACAACUUCUCGACCAGUUCAGCCUAGAGGACCACCCACUGACCAAGUUCACCACCGGGGACGACAACCAUGUCGGCGAUGAUUACUUCCUCAGCUCUGGCGAUAAGAUCCGAUACUUCUUAGAGGAGGGCGCCGUGGAAGAUGGGAAGUUGACGAGAGAGAAGAGUAAGGCUGUCAACAAGAUCGGGCACGCCCUUCACGAACUCGAUCCCGUCUUCCGAGCAGUUACUCUUGAAAAUCAACGGAUGAAGGCAGUAGCGCGGGACUUACGGUUCCAUCAUGACCCUGUAGCUCUGCAAUCUAUGGUCAUCUGCAAGCAACAGCAGAUAGGAGGCGAAGUCCCGGAACACAACGACUCAACUUUCCUUUACACCUCGCCGCCUAGCGCCCUCGGCUUCUGGAUAGCGCUGGAACAAUGCACUCCAGAGAACGGGGCCCUCUCCUUCCUCCCAGGCUCGCAUCGAACCGCUCCCAUAACGAAACGCUUCGUUCGUCUACCCACUGGGGGGACUGGCUUCGAACAGCUCAUAGAACCAGAGAAAGCUGCAGCAGAGACUCCAGAGGGGAAAUACGUGCUCGAAGCUUGCAUGCCCGGCGAUCUGGUCAUCAUCCAUGGUAGCGUCCUGCACAAGUCUGAGCGCAAUAGGAGCGAGAAGACCCGAUUCGCGUAUACCUUUCACAUGAUCGAGACACCGCCGUAUGCGACCUAUGACGAGAAGAACUGGUUACAGCCAACGAAGGAGAUGCCGUUUUCGCGCAUUCUCGAUGUUCCGAACCCGGUGGUGUUGUCGGCGUGA